UUCUUUGCUUUUUCCAAGCUCUUGACAGUAACUGAUUAAUCCACGAACCUCGAUUCCCUCUCGACUUCUGGGGAAAAAAGGGUUAUCAACUUCCAAUUUGCUCAAAAACUGCACAUCCCAUGUGAUAUAUUCAUUCAAAGCUUUAAAGCCUUCGGCUUUGAUUAAACCAAGGUCUCAGAAUAUUUUUAUUUUGAUUUUAAAUGUUGGGUUUUGAAGCAGAUUGGUGUUAGUGAACUGGGUUUUUGUCUUUUAUUUUUCAGUUGUUGAGUUGGGGUUUCACCAGUGUUUUGCAGGGAAAACUUUGGAGGUUUAAGCUGUAAGAUGGAAUUGUAGUGAAUUUUGUGAAGAUCUUGAAAGUGAAUUUCAGGAGAAAUAAUGGAGCCUCCACAGGGAUUUUUGGCUACUUUAUGGAACUUUAUCUGCUUUCUGCCUUACUUUAUUGGCUUGCUUCUAUUAGGCACAAUUAAAGGAAUCAUUUUCUGCCCUCCGGUAUGCCUUGUUAUGAUGGUCGGAAACUCAUCGAUCAUAUUAGGCCUUGUGCCAUAUCAUUGUUACUGCACUUAUUAUAGCAUUGUGAGAGCAAAACUAUUAGGGCCAUUUCUGAAACUUGUUAUCUGCUUAUUCCUACCAUUUGUCUUGAUACUGUGGGUGGUUGUUGGCAUUGUUGGAAGUAUCUUGGGGGGAAUAUUGUACGGCUUUCUUUCUCCAAUAUUCGCCACUUUUGAUGUUGUAGGAGAAGGAAAGACCAAUGUGUUUUUCCACUGUUUUUAUGAUGGUACUUGGAGCACUGUCAAGGGCAGCUUCACUGUUGUCAAGGAUUUCUGUGAUGUUUGUUUCCACUCCUACAACUCGUUUAUGGAAGACCUGCAACAGAAAGAGCCUCCAAAUGGACAAUACUACGAGAUAAGAAUCCGUUAUCUACUUCCUGCUCUAAUAGCUGCAGUGCUUGGUUCCAUGGUUGAUUUUCCUGUGAUUUCGCUUAUUGCCCUAUUCAAAAGUCCUUACAUGCUCUUUAAAGGGUGGAAUCGGUUAUUUCAUGACCUUAUAGGUCGAGAAGGCCCUUUCUUGGAGACAAUAUGUGUACCAUUCGCAGGCCUUGCUAUCUUACUCUGGCCACUGGCUGUUGUUGGGGCAAUGUUGGGCUCAAUGGUCUCUAGUAUCUUCCUUGGUGCCUAUGCCGCGGUGGUGGUUUACCAGGAAUCCUCGUUUUGGUUUGGGCUUUGUUACAUUGUUGCUUCGUUGUCCAUAUAUGAUGAAUACAGCAACGAUGUCCUCGACAUGCCAGAAGGAUCUUGCUUGCCCAGGCCUCAGUAUCGUAGAAACAGAAGGGGACCCAUCCUGAGAACUGAUUCUUUUAGACCCCGUCCUCCAGCCCGCAUUGAUUCACUUAAAAAUACGAGGCUUGAAUUGAAUCCACUCGAGCUACUCGAGGGCUUAUUUAAGCAGUGCCAUGUCAAUGGCGAGAAACUGGUUUUGGAAGGUCUGAUAACUUCUAAAGACAUUGAAGAAGCUAAGUCUAUCAAAGGAAGUAGAGUGGUCAGCAUCGGCUUGCCUGCUUAUUGCUUUCUUCAGGCACUCUUGCGCUCCAUGGAGGCCAAUAAAUCGGGCAUAUUGUUGAGUGACAAUACGGAAAUCACAGCCACAAACCGACCGAAAGACGCCAUCUUUGAUUGGUUUCUUAAUCCCUUUUUGAUACUAAAAGAGCAAAUCAAAGCAGAGAAUCUUUCCGAGGAAGAAAAGGAUUACUUGGGCAAAUUAGUGUUGCUGUGUGGUGAUCCAGCACGGUUGAAAGAUUCAAAUAUCGGAUCUCCACCAGAAUCUGAGCGUAAACGAGCUGAACUUGAUGCAUUCGCCCGACGGUUACAAGGGAUUACCAAAUCGGUUUCAAGGUAUCCGACUUUCAGGCGUCACUUUGAGAAACUUGUCAACACACUAUCCGAGGACCUUUCGAAAAAGGACAGUGGCGGUGGCAACAGCAGCUGCAGAUCAAGUAAGGGGGAUCGUCGUCCAGCUCCGCGAUCAAAGAGCUCCAUUGCUCGGUUAUUUAGCAACAAUUCUUUCAAGCGGAGUACAAGCUACAACAUGUCGGAUCAAGAAUCACAAGCAGUUCUUGGCAGGGAUGUACAAAUCGAAUAAUGCAGCACUAGGAUGUUAACGUCGGCCAAUAGUCAUUUCCGCCGGCCGGAUUUUAGCCUUUGUAAUAGCUCAUUUCGAGUUGUGCAUGGUUCGGAGUUCAAGCCUUUUAAUUAUUUUGAUUACAUGGGAAUGAUAAGGUUCACAAUGUAUCGUAACAUAUACAUGAAUUUUAUAAGGGAUGUACUCAUUUCA